ACAACACGUACACACACACACUCAUCAGCUCAUGGAUAUAUAGAUACUCAGAUAUAGCCAAGUCAUCGUCUCGAUAAUUUUGAACUAUGGCCUGGAAAUCUUGCUACUAAUUUAGGCACGUUAAUGACAGAGACAUAAAGGCAAACACAUUAACCCUAGCUACAGUUAACGCGGAUGAAUUACACCGGUACGAUUCAGGCAUUCAUGUGCUAAAGCCUGGUUGCUUUUCAACACGCGUAGGCCAAGUUCAUAUUACUAGUAGUACACGUUUGAACGGUAGAAAAAAUGGCUGCUACAGCUGGGAAACGUUUUGUGCUUGCGGAAGCUUUUGAUGGUGACGUCAAAGAGACAAAUUUCCGUUUGGAAGCAACCUUGAUUCCCGCUCCGAAUGAAGGAGAGGUGUUGCUAGAAGCUCUGUAUCUAACCGUCGACCCCUACAUGAGAGUAUGGGGAGUUCAGGAAGGGGAACCGAUGGUUGGAGAACAAGUGGCCAAGGUGAUAGCGAGCCGGGAUAAUAACAUAGCCGUAGGUUCCUUGGUCCAAGCCCAGAGUGGAUGGACAACACAUUCUGUUGCCAAGGGCAGUGACGUCACGCCGGUACCGACAUUCUCUUCACCUGAUUGGCCAAAGUCUCUUGCACUCGGAGUGUUAGGCAUGCCAGGGAAGACGGCUUACUUUGGCUUGUUAGAUUCCUGUCGUCCUAAAGCAGGAGAGACAGUAGUCGUGAGUGGAGCUGCAGGUGCCGUAGGUGGCGUGGUUGGACAGAUAGCCAAAAUAAAGGGAUGUCGAGUUAUUGGCUUCGCUGGGUCGGACAAGAAGGUUCAAUACCUGAAGGAUUUAGGCUAUGAUGUCGCCAUUAAUUACAAAACCAUGGGCGACCUGGACAUGACUCUCAAAAAAGCAGUUCCCGAGGGUAUCGACUGCUACUAUGACAACGUUGGAGGUGAGUUUUCAAGCACCGUGCUGUACAAUAUGAACGUUCGAGGCCGUGUAUGUGUGUGUGGAUCUAUCAGCGCAUACAACGAAAAAGAACGUCCAAAAGCAAGUAUUGUACAACCAGCGAUAAAUCGGCAACGUUUGACCAUGCAAGGGAUGAUGGUGUACGAUUACACUGACCGAUUCCCGGAAGCCUUGAAAGACAUGAUGCAGUGGAUUCAAGAGGGUAAACUGAAGUACCGUGAGCACGUUACCAAUGGAUUUGAGAACACUCCAAAGGCUUUCAUGGAACUCUUCAGCGGCGACAACUUUGGCAAAGCCAUCAUCAAAAUAUAGUCACCUCUGUAUAGUUAACCUUUCAUUUGCUCGUAGUGCCGCCUGGCAUAGCUGCUUGUUUGCCCCACGCGCCAAUCGGCAUAACUUAUAAGGAAUUAUAAGAUGACGAAGCGGAUCUUAAUCAAUUAAAGGUAAAGACCAGUAUUGGAAACGCCCCAAUUUCAAAAAAUGAAAUGGAAGCUAUAUUA